AUGACUUUGAAUAUUGAUUUGAAUGAACCUUUCAAUAAUUAUGAUGGUAUGUUGUCACUAAAAAAAAAUGAUGUAUUAACAAAAAACAAAAAUAGAGCACCAACACCCAUCAAUUUAAAUGUGCGUUUUUUCUUAGAAGAUGUUUUCGAUUUGAAUACGCGCCCUCCACAUAAAGAAGAGUCUCAAAAUGAGGUUGAUGAUGUCUUUACGUUUAAUAAUACGGAUAAUAAUGUUAAUGAUCUUUUUGAAGAUGAUGUUGGAAAUAUGUAUACAAACAAUGGAAGCAAUGGAGAAAAUGAAGAUAUUGAUUCAUUAAGUGAAGGUAAUUGUAUGUUAAUAUAA